UUCCGUUUCCUUUUCAACAUUACUUUUACGGUGUGUGUUGUAAAACCAAUGUAACUCGUUUAGAUUAAUCAGUUUAUAUUUAGUUUUGUUAAAUUUAAUUGUAAUUAGAAGUAAUUAAAAUGGCCGUUGGAAAGAAUAAAGGAUUAGCUAAGGGUGGUAAGAAAGGAGCCAAGAAAAAGAUCGUUGAUCCAUUUACCAGGAAAGAAUGGUAUGAUGUUAAAGCACCAUCCAUGUUUUCGGUUCCACAUAUCGGCAAGACAAUUGUUAAUCGGACACAAGGUACCAAAAUUGCCAGUGAAGGAUUAAAGGGACGAGUGUUUGAAUGUUCCCUUGCUGAUCUUCAAAAUGAUGAAGUUGCCUUCCGUAAAUUUCGUCUUGUUGCUGAAGAAGUCCAAGGAAAAAACGUACUAACUAACUUCCAUGGAAUGAAUUUAACAACAGACAAACUUCGAUCAAUGGUACGAAAGUGGCAAACUUUAAUUGAAGCUAGUAUCGAUGUUAAGACUACUGAUGGUUAUCUGUUACGAGUUUUCUGCAUAGGAUUUACCCGUAAACCACCCAAUCAAAAUAGGAAAACAUCAUAUGCACAACACACUCAAGUACGAGCAAUUCGAAAAAAGAUGAUGGAUAUAAUAACUAAAGAGGUUACUCAAUCUGACCUUAAAGAUGUUGUUAAUAAAUUAAUUCCUGAUUCUAUGGCAAAAGAUAUAGAAAAGAAUUGUCAUCGUAUUUACCCAUUACACGAUGUUUGUAUUCGAAAGGUGAAGGUACUAAAGAGGCCUAAGUUUGAUUUAACUAAAUUAUUAGAGUUGCAUGGACAUGGCAAAGGAAGUGGUACUGCUGCUGGUGCUACUGCUGGUGGAUCAGGAGCUGCUGGUGCAGGUUCUGGAGCAGAACCAAUGGCUGUAGAUCGUCCCGAUGAAAAAUAUGAACCACCAGUUUUAAGUUCUGUUUAAACUUAUAUUUGUCAAAUGGAUCUAAUGUAAAUUAAAAGUAAUUGGACUCAUUA